AUGGGGAACAAGAAAAAAUCGAGAAAAAUACAAGAGGUCCACUUCAAGGAAGAGGAGGGGGACCAACAGCAGCUCGUCGACUUCGAGCCCGAAGGGGAGGACGAAGAACAACACGUCCUACCGUCCCCCACCGGCCUGUCGUCGCCGUCUCCAUCGUCGUCGUCGUCCUCUUUGUCGGAAGACGAAGGGAAUCGGUCGCACCGUUCAUCGGAUGACGAUGAUGGUGUGGACCGGUUAUCGUCCUUGCAGUUGCUGGAGGCAACGUGCAAGGAGGAGGUGAAGGCGUACCUCCGAGCGUUGCGGCGUAGGCAGACUCCUCCGGAGCUCUCGCCAGCUACUGUCGCGUGGCAGCAGCGUCUCCUAACGGAGUCGGUGCCUGCUUCAUCGUCUGUCGCAACAGCGUCAGCUACGUCGUCUCGUGGAGCCUCGUCUCGUGGAGCGAGUGCAACUGCACCUCCAGCGGCUGACACCGUUGUCCCCUGGAGCACCAUCGUUCGUUCCGUCCGCGCAGGCAACGAGUGGAUCAAAUCCCUCGCCGAGUCCGUCGCUCACUGCGCCCGUAAACACGUCUACUUCGGUGUCGUGUACGUCUAGUAGUGCAACUACAGCUAGUUCAACAUUGCAAGUUGCACCUACUAGUGCGCAAUCGUCCAUCGUAGCGUCACCUGUUACUUCAACAGCACAGGUUGCAUCUAUGAAUGCGCAAUCGUCCGUCGUCACACCACCUGUUACUUCAAUGUCACAGGUGGCAUCGACUGCUGUAGCGACCGAAUCCCCCGUUCGUACGUUUCUACAAGCAGCUACCGUUUCAAUAUCCGCGGUUGACCUCCGCAGCGUUCCCAAGCUGACUGGAGACCGUACAGAAAACGUGAUCGAAAUCUUGAAACAUUUUCGUACGGUGGUUGGGCUGAAAGCCGCAGCCGUCAACACGGAUUCGUCGUUUGCUGAUGGGGUUGCACUCAAGCACGUUGCCCUGGUGGGAACAGGAGAAGUGUUGACCCUGAUACAGCAGAUCUUGUCUGGACAGAUAGACUGUUCUAAGGCAAGCACGUUCACAGAACCGGAGGAAAAAGGGUCGUUUCCCCCUCCGACCACGUGGGAUGCCAUGUGUUCUGUUUUGCUUGAUUCACUUCUUCCCGCAAAUUCCGUGGAGGAGGAGGCACACAAUCUCGCAACGUUCGUUCAAGGGCCACAGGAAUCUGUUUCCUCGUAUGCUCUCCGUUUCCGUACUGUCAUGGCACGGUUCCAAGCUGCCGUCGAGCGUGAUGGUAGUCGUACCGCUUGGAAUUGCAUGACAGUCGCUCUGUGGCAAAAUGGGUUGACCCAUCGUUAUCGUUUGCUCUUUUAGAGCCAAUACCGUCUCCGUCCCUAAAACUCAGUGCCGCAAAUGGUGCACCAGUCAAAGUUUUAGGAUUUAUUUCGUUCGUUGUUCGGUUGGGAGACGUGUCCCGCCGAAUCGAUGCGUUGGUCGUACCAUCGCUCGGUCCUGAUCAAAUACUCCUAGACAAUGAGGCAAUGACUCGGUUUGGGGCAGUACUUGACUGGAAAAAUGAACGUUUGACUUUUGAGUGUAGUGACACUAUUGUCCCCGCUAUUCAUCGUAAAAAAUCUCAACACGGUUAUGAUCCGUCGCCGUCCCCCCGUGUUGCAGCCGUUCAUCGAAAUGCGGA